AUGAUCGACUACCGCCAAGGCCUCUCCAUCCUGGAGAUGGUUGUCUACUUCCCCGCCCUCUUCAUGGCUCUCUUCAUGGGCUUUCGUCAUGGCUUUGGACGCCAGGCUGGAUGGUAUUUUUUCAUCCUCUUCUCGCUCGCCAGAUUGAUCGGAAACGGCUGUUAUCUGGGCACAAUCAACGACCCUACCAACAUCAAUCUAUACAUUGCCUACGCCGUCUGUAAUUCUGUCGGAUUAUCGCCUCUGCUUUUUGGUCUGCUUGCUGGGUUGGCGCGAGUAAAUGACUCCAUCCAACGCAAAACCGGCACAGCAUACUGGCCAGCCCUCUUCCGUCUCGUCGGCAUCAUCGCUUUAGUAGCGAUGAUCCUCUCUAUCGUCGGCCAGACCACCAAAAACUCCAGCCUCGCAACCGGCUACAACAACAGCGAAACCCAAGCCGGCAUGUCCCUCUUCAUCGUGACGUGGGUCGCCAGCGUCAUUUUGACUAUUAUGAUGUGGUUCCGCUACGACGGUAUUGAGCAUGGCGAGCAUAGGCUGCUAUGGGCCAUUACGGUCUCAAUGCCCAUCCUGUUUGUUCGGCUUAUGUAUUCGAUCCUGUCUGUUUUCAAGCAUGACCCGAAAUUCAAUCUGUUUACGGGCGAUGUGACUGUUUUCUUGGUCAUGGAUGUGCUCGAGGAGAUUAUUGUGGUUUAUAUCGUGAUGUUGACCGGGUUGACUUUGCAGCUCAGAGAAAAGGCGGUUUAUGAUGCAGAUAAGGAGUUGCAACCAAUUUCUAGUGCUGCUGCUGUGAAUACUUUGCAAUACCAGAAUAUUGCGAUGCAGGAGCAGGAUCAGCAACAGCAACCUGUGACUGGCUCGGGAGGCGCUGCUCCUCGUCCCAAGCGGAAGUACACGGGUGGUCCGAUUAGACGGUUGGUUAUAUUCAUUUUGAAUACGGUCGAAGGUCGGAAGUGA